AAACCACGUAAAUUCUGUCUUUCCUGUGGUGGUGCAUUUUUUUAUUCCAUUAAUUUCUUAAUCUUGUAGUAGGUUAACCAAAAUAUGAAGCAAUUUGUUCCAACAAACUGGUAUCAGAGCUAUGGCGGUGGUUAGUGCUUGAAAAAUUGUUUUAAUCGUGAUGGCAUCCGGAGCCAAGUACGAGAUUGAGAAAUUUAAUGGUGGCAAAAAUUUCAGCUUAUGGAGGUUGAAGAUGCGAGCCAUGCUAACACAGCAGGGGCUAUGGAAAGCACUAGAAAAGGAACGCAAGCUACCGGAAACUCUACCAGAGGAAGAGAAGAUAGACUUGAAGGAGCGGGCACUGAGUGCAAUUCAGCUCUCACUUUCUGACAAAGUCUUGGGGGAGGUUGCAGAAGAAAAUUCAGCUUCUGCAUUAUGGUCGAAGUUGGAAGCCCUUUACUUAACCAAAUCAGUCAGUAACCGAUUAUAUCUGAAGAAAUGGUUGUUCACCCUCAAUAUGAAUGAAGGUGGUUCCAUCAAAGACCAUCUUGAUGAGUUCAACAAGCUCAUUUUAGACUUGAAGAAUAUCGAUGUGAAGAUAGAAGAUGAAGACCAGGCAAUUAUUGUUUUGUGCUCAUUGCUUGACUCUUAUGACAACUUUGUUGAAACUCAUCUUCAUAGUAGAGAUCAACUCUCUAUGGAAGAUGUCAAGGCGGCCUUGAAUUCAAGAGAAUUGAAGAAGAAGGUGUCCGGAGACAAGAGUGGUGAUCAAGUAGCAGGAUUGUUCAUAAGAGGUAGACAAAAUAACAAAACUUUCAACAAGCGAGGAAAGUCUCAAUCCAAAUCGAGAGCCAAGCAUGCUCGAUGUUACGAGUGCAAUGAGAUAGGACAUUUCAAGAAAAAUUGUCCCAAGCUCAAGGAAAAGAAAGCUAAAAAAUCCGGUGAUGCCAACAUUGCCAGUUGCAGUGAUAAGUUAGAUGAUGGAGAUUGUGUUCUAUCUGUCUCUACAAACUCCUCCGGUGAGGAAUGGAUUUUAGAUUCGGGUUGCUCAUUCCAUGUAUGCCCACGACCUGACUGGUUUGAAACAUAUAAACUAGCCAUUGGCAUGGUGGUUCUUGGUGAUGAUACAGCAUUGCCUAUUGUUGGAAUUGGCAACAUCUUGAUCAAGAUGUAUGAUGGGAUGGUCAGAACAUUCGAGGUUCGUCAUGUGCCGGGUUUGAAGAAAAAUCUCAUUUCCAUGAGUAAGCUUGACUCCAAGGGCUGCCGAUACUUCUGUGCAGGUGGAGUUCUCAAAGUCUCUAAAGGAGCUCUCGUAAUAUUGAAGGGGAAGAAAGUUGGUGGUCUUUAUCACUUACAAGGAAGCACAGUCAAUGGCACAUGUGCUGUGUCAACUUCAAGCAGUCCAAAUAAAGAUGUAACUAGGUUAUGGCAUAUGCGACUUGGGCAUAUGAGUGAAAGAGGGAUGAUGGAGCUAAGCAAGCGAGGUUGCAGUUUGGCAAAGGAGUUCAUCGAACUUAAGGCACAGUUGAUUACAUUCACUCAGACUUGUGGGGUCCCUCCCCUGUUGCAUCAAAAGUGGAAGACGCUGAUUGAGAAACAGACUGGAAAACAAAUCAAGCAUCUAAGAACAGAUAAUGGUCUUAAGUACUGCAGUGGUGAGUUUGAUACUUUUUGCAAGAAUAAUGGAAUUGUGAGACAUCGCACUAUCAGGAUGACACCACAGCAAAAUGGUGUUGCAAAAAAGAUCAAUCGUACACUCUUGGAGAGAGCACGGUGUAUGCUCUCAAAUGCUGGAUUAUCAAAGGACUUUUGGGCAAAAAUUGUCAAUCAUGCUGGCUAUCUUGUAAAUCGGUCUCCAUUCACAGCAAUUGGAUUAAAGACUCCAGAAGAAUUAUGGUCAAGUUCUCUUACUGAUUAUUCACAGUUGAGGAUAUUUGGUUGUCUAGUGUAUGCUCAUGUUAGGGAUGGUAAACUUGAGCCAAGGGCAAUGAAGUGUGUAUUUCUAGGGUACACUUCCAGGGUAAAAGGCUAUAGACAGUGGUGUGUUCAGAAGUCACCUCAGUUCCUCAUGAGCAGAGAUGUAACCUUUGAUGAGUUUGCUAUGCUCCAAAAAGCAAAUGAGGAGUCAACAAUUGCAAAGCCAGACCAUGGAGUUAGCAAGCAGGUGGAGUUUGAAGCAACAACUCAAGAAAAGGUAGUGCGAGAUGACAACAUUAUCCAAGAGAAUCUAGAUGUGGUGCAAAAUCUAGAGCCAACAAAUACUCCAAUAAAGGGUUUCACACAACGAGAGGGUAUUGAUUUCCAUGAGGUAUUCUCUCCUGUGGUGAAACACAGCUCUAUUCUACUUGCCAUGGUUACUUUAUAUGAUCUUGAGUUGGAGCAACUUGAUGUUGACUUGUUGUUGUACAUUGAUGACAUGCUUAUUGUUGCCAAAAGCAUGUUAAUCAUUGAUGAUUUGAAGAAGCAACUUAGUGGUGAGUUUGAGAUGAAAGACUUGGGUGCAGCUAAGAAGAUCUUAGGAAUGGAGAUUCACAGGGACCGCAAGGGAGGUAAAUUGUUUCUCUCUCAAAAGAAAUACAUUAAAAAAGUACUCGAGCGAUUUGGCUUACAUGAAGCUAAGGCUGUGACUACUCCUUUGGGACCACAUUUUAAGCUUUCAUCAAAUUUGUCACCAGAAAUGGAGGAGGAGAAGAAGUUUAUGGCGCGUGUUCCUUAUGCGAGUGCUGUUGGGAGCUUAAUGUAUGCUAUGGUAUGCACUCGUCCUAAUAUUUCACAUGCAGUUAGUGUGGUUAGUCGGUAUAUGGCUAAUCCAGGUAAAGGACACUGGGAAGUUGUGAAGUGGGUCCUCCGGUAUUUACGAGGCACAACAGAUGUUGGACUAGUCUAUGAUCGGAGUGCUAAUCCGAGUGGAAAUGUAGUUGGAUUUGUCGACUCUAAUUUUGCCGGUAAUUUGGACAAAAGUAGAUCAACUACAAGAUAUGUCUUUACUCUCUUAGGGUGUGCCAUUAGUUGGAAAGCUACAUUGCAAUCAACAAUCGCCUUGUCAACAACUAAGGCAGAGUACAUGGCAAUUACUGAGGCAAUAAAGGAAGCAUUAUGGCUAAAGGGUUUGGUCAGUGAUCUCGGGGUAGAACAAAAUGAGAUGAUGGUGUUUUGUGAUAAUCAAAGUGCCAUUCACUUGACGAAGAACACCAUGUACCACGAGAGAACCAAACAUAUUCAAGUUCGAUAUCACUUUGUUCGAGAGGUUAUAUCCAAUGGAGAUGUGCUUGUUGAAAAGAUAUCAACUGACGAGAAUCCUGCAGAUAUGAUGACAAAGCCGGUAAGUGGAAUCAAGUUCAAGCAUUGCUUGGACUUGAUUAGUGUCCAAAGUGCUUAAUGCCCCUUGGGGCAUUGUGGCAUCAAGGGAAUGAAGUUAUUGGUCCUGA